CCCCGGGCUCUUUCUAGUUCCUCCAGCCUUCUCCACCCCUGAUACAUUGAGCCUAAUCCUCUCCAGCCCUGAAGUCUGGGCAGGAUGUGCCGGAGGGCAGAGCCGCGGUGUCUGCCAAGCGAGUGAAAAGCUGCCCGUGGUUCCCGGGCGCAGGCUCGUACGCCAGCCCGGAGCCACGCGCGCAGCCCGGGACCCCGCAGGUCCCGACGCCGGCAGGUGCAGACGGUAGCGAGCCCCCGCCUAGAAACGCGUCAUCUCCUCCGGAGUCGCCAGGGCCGGGCCGGAGCUGCCGCCCACGGCCCCCCGAGCCCCGUGCACUCACAGACCUCCUCCAUGAUUCAGAAGUCACGCCCGGCGCUGCUGCAACCUCAGGAUGUGGGGAGACAGGAUGGAAACGCUUUAUGGUGUUUGCGCCUGGAAGCAGUGUGGUCAGAUGUGCAGUUUUAAAAGAUGACUGUGGCUGCAGGCCAGAGGAAUCAAAGAGAUGAGUUGCACCCGGUGAUCAAGGCUUUCCUGUGCGGCUCCAUCAGUGGCACCUGCUCUACCCUCCUUUUCCAGCCCCUGGAUCUCCUCAAAACACGCCUGCAGACGCUCCAGCCCUCGGCCCAUGGAUCCAGGCGCGUCGGGAUGCUCACUCUGCUCCUGCAGGUGGUCCGCACCGAGAGUCUCCUGGGCCUGUGGAAAGGGAUGUCCCCUUCCAUUGUGAGGUGUGUCCCUGGUGUUGGAAUCUACUUCGGGACUCUCUACUCUCUGAAGCAAUACUUCCUGCGAGGCCAUCCCCCCACUGCCAUGGAGUCCGUCAUGCUGGGGGUGGGCUCUCGCUCGGUCGCAGGGGUCUGCAUGUCGCCUAUCACUGUGGUCAAGACGCGUUACGAGAGUGGGAAGUACGGCUAUGAGAGCAUCUACGCAGCCCUGCGGAGCAUCUACCGCAGCGAGGGCCACCGGGGCCUCUUCAGUGGCCUGACGGCGACACUCCUGCGUGAUGCCCCCUUUUCUGGAAUCUACCUAAUGUUUUACAACCAGACCAAAGCCAUCGUGCCCCAUGACCAGUUGGAUGCAACCCUUAUUCCCGUUGUAAAUUUCAGCUGUGGGAUAUUUGCUGGUGUUCUGGCCUCACUGGUGACUCAGCCUGCAGAUGUUAUCAAAACUCAUAUGCAGCUCUCCCCAGUGAAAUUUCGGUGGAUUGGCCAGGCAGUGACAAUCAUCUUCAAAGACUAUGGGCUGCGUGGCUUCUUCCAAGGCGGUGUCCCCCGGGCCCUCCGCAGGACUCUGAUGGCAGCCAUGGCAUGGACAGUCUACGAAGAGAUGAUGGCCAAGAUGGGCCUGAAGUCCUGACCCGGGGGCACUGGGAAAAGAUGGGAUCUGUUGCCCUGCCUGGUUUCUGCCAAGAGCUGCUUCAUCUCUAACCUGGACUGAGAUGAGGUCCUAUGGGGAAAGCCAGGCAGAUAUGUCACCUUGUUACCCAGUUCACGUAGCGAAUAGGUGGGCCUGACUCAAGCUUUCAGAAUCUCCCCGAAGAGGAGCCACUGAGACACACAGGACACGGGGGAGUUGGGAGAAGGGCGUGCACACCCUGCAAACCUGAGAGCAUUUCCAGGGAGAGAGCUCUGUCGGGGGUCUCCGCGUCAGCCACCCACCUAUACCACGGUGCCUCUUUGGGUCUGUUCUUUGCAAGGAAUUGCAAAGCCAGAGAAGCUGUGGGCCACCUGCCAUGACUGAGGAACUCCAGCGGGGGGGCUGGUUCUGCAGAAAGAGGAGUCCCUGUCACCAGGCCGGAGAUGCUGUUGGGAUGAGGAAGAAAAGGUGUCAUGAUGACUUAAUUAGUUCAUUAACCUGGCAGAGGCUCUGCAGAAGGGGGGACAGUGGCCUCCUAGCCUCUGUGUCCAAAUAAAGGUUUUUUAUUUUGUCCCA